AUGAUCGUGCUGUGGGUUACACUGCUUGUUCUGCAUCAUGGAUAUUCACUGGUUCCAGUGAUCACAGUUCAUCUUGGUGAAUCUGUGACCUUCACAUGUGUGUUACCUGAUAAGGAGGGAAGCAGAAGAAGCCUCUACUGGUACAAGCAGAGUGCCGGGGAUACUCUGAAAUCAAUUGUUACAGUGUUUGGAUCUACAAAACCUGAGUAUGCACCAGGAUUUUUAAAAUUGAGAUUGGAAGUGAAAAAUGAUAAAAAAUUCAGCAACCUGACUAUAGUGAGGACGAUUCAUGGGGAUGAAGGAAUGUAUCACUGUGCAGUCCUGGAGUGGAAUAAUGCUACAUGGAGUGGGACAUAUCUGUCAGUAAAAGGAAACUCUCAGAGGACAUCAAACUAUACUGUUGUUCAGAGGUCGACAGUAUCUGACUCUUACUCAAUGACUCUCCAGUGUUCAGUCCUUUCUGGCUCUAAGAACAAGACAUGUUCAGGAGAUCACAAUGUGUACUGGUUCAGAGCUGGAUCAGAUAAAUCUCAUCCAAACAUCAUCUACACUGAUGGAAAUAAACCUGAUGAAUGUCAGAAGAAACCUGAUGCACAUUCUCCUCCAAAGAGCUGUGUUUAUCACUUCUCUAAGACUGUCAGCUCCUCUGAUUCUGGGACUUAUUACUGUGCUGUGGCCACAUGUGGAGAGAUCAUUUUUGGAAAUGGAACAAAACUUGGGAUUGAAGGUAACCAAAUUGUUUUUAUUAAUGAAAUUAUGUACAUUUAAGUAUCAGAGAUUAACUAUUAGCAAUAUUUUCUUUUUAACAUCACCAGUAGAUAAUAUUAAACAUAAUUUACUUUUACAAAUUGUUUCAACCUUUUCAUAAUGUUUCAGGAAGCUUCGUGUGGUCACAAACAGCCAAUACAGUUAUUUUUCUGCUGUCUACUGUCAUGGCUAUAAGUCUGAUUGUUAUAACCUUCCUCAUUCACGCUAUCAAGAAGUGUGA